AUGAAUCUCCUCGAAAAACUCGAUCAGGAGAGCGAUGUCGUCGAAGAGCUGCGCCACCAUCUCGAGCUGGUGCUCGAAGGUUUUGUGGGGGGCUCUCUCGACUCGACUCCGAUCGGGAAGAUCUUCCUGGAUCCCAGCUACGAUGAGCUGAUCAAGGAGUUUCGGCCGCGGCUCGACGAAGCUUUCGUUUCGUUCCUUUCGGCGUUGCUUUACGCGCUCAAAACGUCGCUAAUUGAUAUAGGAUUGAUCGAUCACCGUGCCUAUGACCUCUCGGCGGCUCACGAAAGCCUCAAGAAUGUGGUCAAUUCACUGAAGAGCGCCAGUCAUACUUGGCUGAGCAAACUAUCCGAACCACCCGAUAUGAUGGCCGAUGUCGACAACAACAACGCCGCCGCCACCGCCGACAACACGGCGAAAGGCUCUUUGACCUACGAACGAGCGCUGGCGAUGAGUUGUAUCAACAAAGUCGUAAUUUCUAGUCUUAAAAAAUCGUCUACAAUCCCAGAACAGAAACUGGGCGGUGAUUACAGUUACGAGUCGACGACGUCUCUGACUGUUUACUGUGAUGGAGGAAGGGACCACGACGAGAAUUGGAAGGCGGCGGCACAGAGCGUAGAUUUCAGCGACGUGAAAUCGGAUCUACUGAAGAAGUUCUGCGCUGCUUCGGCUGGCGGAGUGCCGUUCCCCGAGUACGGCGUGGACAUUGUGGACUCAGCGUGGGACAGAACGUCCUCGUCUAAUGCCGUGAACGAAGCCACCGAGGAUUCCAAAGCGUCGUCAGUUGCGAUGACCAGCACGGAUUGGGAGGACAAUUGGCUUUUUCGGAAAAAGCCUCUGAGCCGUUCGGGUGCCUUCAAUUUGGAACCAGUCGAGAUGGUUAUACCGAAACCGAAUCGACCGGAAGGGGUGACUCUCGGGAAUCUGGAAAUCGACGCGCUGUCGGAACUCUCAGAGAACAACUCAGUCGCAUCGCUGGAUUUUUCCUCCUCGGAAAGUGAGUCCGACCGUCCGCAAGUGACAGGAGCUGUCAUGAAGCCACAGGUAAAGUCCGCGGAAAUCUCCGGACUUCCCAAGGUCACAAUCGGCGAUCAAACGACCGGUUGCCUAUCCGGUACCACGACGGUAGUUACGGUCAACGGCGUAAGCGACCGCGUUCUCAUUGAACAACAGCGGCAGCAGCAGCAGCAGCAACAACAACAACAGCAACAAACUGACGUCACCGUUAUUACGGGGGGUGGCCGGCUCCAGAAAAAGAAGCCUCUGGUGGGUCUCCGAGCGAAGGCGACAUUCGACGGAAAAGUCGUCAUGGAAAAUAUUGACGACGUCAAAGCGGACCGCGCCGGCAUCGUCUAUUUCAAAUCGAAAGAUUCCACGACGGAAUUGAGCGAUCGCCGGACUCCUUUGGGCAGAAGCGCGACAUCGUACGAUGAGUUAUCAGUUCGGGCAUUCAAAGAAGAAACCCUUCGCAGCCUGGAGCGGCGUUUCGAAGAGUUCGAGGAGCAGGUCGACAACACCGGCACCACGAGUUCUCUGAAGUCUCUGAGUGAAGAGGAUCUCGAUAUCCACACGAGUGUUUCGACGGACUUCUCGUUCCGUCGCAGUCCCGAGGGUUGUUCGAAAUCGAACACGCCGAACAUAACGAGUAUGUUCAUUGGCAAGUCAAAUAGUCCAGAUUCGCACGACCACGACCGGACGUCGAGUUCACCGUCGGGCAUCAAAUCGCCCAUCGAGGACAUCGUGCGGACGCUGACCAAAUCAACGCUCGAAGCGACACAGAACGUCCGACCGGUAACUACCCGUCUGUCGAACAAGGAAACUACCAAUGAGGAAACGGUGAGCGUUUCGAUUUCUUCUGGCAGAGGAUCAACGGCUUCGACGACCUCAGCCUCAUCCGUGCAGUCAUACGAGCUGCUCAACCAACGAGAGACGGCUUCUCGUCUGAGCGAAGCGAGCAUCGACCGAGAUCGAAGCAUAAGUGCCGAACCCGCCCAGGACCCCUCGAUAAUCUGCAACCCUCUCCUGUCGACGAGAAGUGCGCUCGCUGGUUCGUUUUCGGUCGGUACCCCCACCCCACCAGCCGCGCUCGCUAUCGCGAACGCUAAGGCGAACGCUUCCGCACUCGCUCACGCAAACGCUACCGCAGACGCUCCCGCCGCCGUCGCUGGCUUGGAUGAGAGACCUUCGAGCUCGGCGGAACAGUCGCAUGAGCGGCGGCCGCACGUCAACGCCACCGCGAGCCACAAGCUACAAACGGCCGCAGACUUGGAAGAAGCAGUGGAAAUAACUACAGAGCGCACAGCGACUGUAGGCAGCUCCAAAGCGGUGGCGAGCGAGUUGGUAGCGACACCGCCGUCUACGACGACCGCCGACGGCGCUGUAGCGUCAGAGGACAAAGUUGACGGUGGCGGCAGCGCUCGUCACGAGGGAAAUCGACGUACUCCGGAACUGGACCGUGACCAGGAUAUCUACUGUGUUCUGCCGGUGUCGAAGCUCGACGUUCCUCAAGAGCGCCCGACCAUGCAGCGACAGCAACUGGACAGAGAAAUCGAGCAGCGGAUCCAGCGUUUCCAGAGCAACACUCUGCCAAACCCUAAGCGACGUCACUUCAGAAAAGAACGUGGUUCGCGCUCGUCUUCCUCGAUGCACCCGAUUCCGGCGAAGCGAAACCUUCUCAAGCUGAAUAGUUCUCAACGGGAGGUGAAUAUCUAUCCGCCGUCUUCGGCGGUCGUCGAUACGAUCCCAGUGCCAAAAAACCGAAGCAGAAGCUUCACGCAGGUUUUCCCUCACCGACCUUUGGCGGUAGCACCCGAACAAGCCGUACUCGCUGAAGCCGACGAGCCGGAGGCGGUUCCUCUUCGGACGAAAGGGGCUUCGUUCGGUGUUCAAAUCUAUCCGGCGCCGGCUCCCCAACCUCGACCUCGACGUCGAAGCCCCGGUGGAGUGGACGCGAGAAGAACCCCGUCGCCUGUGUGUGCACUAGGGAACUCACAGGAAAUCGGCAUCACUUCGAUGAAGAAGGCCGUCAUUGAGAAGGACCUUCGCGAUAAGCUGCCCAACGUCAGGAGGCUAGCGAGCAGAUUCCGAGAACCUGUACGCGCGGGAGACUACCAGAGCGCUACGUUGCCGGCGUCGCUCUCGUCGAAACGUCGGCUCCUUCGAGAAAACGGCCGGAAAGACACUCGAGAGCUCAACAAUCGUCUCAGUCAUUUCGACAGUUUCUCGUGA